AGCGGUGGUAAAUGAUUCCUAAUAUAGCAACAUCUUAAGCCGGGUCCGCAGUCCACACUGCCUCGUAAAACGUUAGCGAAGUGCGAACAUGUUCGCUGAAAUGAUCUAAAGGAAAACAUCAAAGACUAAUAAAUUGUUCGUGCUAACGUACAAUAUAAUAUCCACACGCACAAUAACCCAUGUAAUUGACAAACGUUUGGCGCGGUACUGUGGAUCCGGCUUUACGCACAAAAUACAAAUAUUAAACGAGCGUGGAAAUCGUAAAUCCUCCUAUACACAAAGUCUGUGUAAAUGUAAAUUAUAAAUUGAGAAUGUGUAAAAUCGUUAAUCGCUAUUAUUAACUGCUAGCUUCAUACACGUAUGUUUUAACCGUGUGCUAUUGACACUAUCAAAUAGAUAAUGUACAUUUAUUAUUUACAGUGUUUAAAUUGUAUAAUAAUAUUAUAAAGCAUCAAGCACUACUGAAUACACUUGAUGUUUCUGUACUUUAAAUUACUCCAGGUAACUUAUAUGAAAACGAUGGCCAAACAAUUUCUUCAUGUGAAGUGUAGAAAUAGUGCUUACCCUGGAACAGAUGGCCAAAUUAUUCGAGCUUUUGUACCGGAUCAUCAAGUUUGUUGGACCACUUUUUUUCCAUUAUAUAACCCAGUGACAUACACUUCACCAUCUGUUAUUGGUAAACCAUGGGCUGAUUUUCAUUUGGAUGCAAUAAAUUUCAAACCAAUUUGGAAUAUAAUAGACGGUAAAAUUAAUAGAGUUAGUUACUCUGGCCAGUACAAAAUACAAAAUGGUUAUCCAUUAAACCCUUAUGGUCGAACGGGUAUCAAGGGUCGAGGUGUACUAGGACGAUGGGGCCCAAAUCACGCUGCCGAUCCAAUAGUCACUCGCUGGAAAAAGAUUCAUUCACAACAAAUACUGCAUACAGAUACAGGUCAACCAGUACUUCAAUUUAUUGCUAUACAAAGAAAAGAUUCGAGAGAGUGGGCAAUACCAGGUGGUAUGGUUGAUAGUGGUGAAGUCAUAACUAGCACACUUAAAAGAGAAUUUAUGGAAGAAGCAUUGAAUUCGCUUGAAAAAACAGAAGAAAAUAUUGCAAAAGCUAAAUCAGAAAUUGAAGAUAUUUUUAAAAAUGGAGUUGAAGUUUAUAGAGGAUAUGUAGAUGAUCCCAGAAAUACAGAUAAUUCAUGGAUGGAAACUGUUGCAAUGCAUUUUCAUGAUGAAAAAGGGGAUCAUGUUGGUAAAUUAAAUCUACAUGCUGGAGAUGAUGCUAUUGGAGUUAAAUGGAUUGACUUGAAUAGAAAUUUGAAGUUAUUUGCCAGUCAUAUAUCUUACUUAGAACUAGUUGCUCUAAGGUUAAAUUGUCAUUGGUAACAAUUGUUUAAGAAAUAUUAACUGACAACUGUUACUAUUAUUUUAGUUUUAUAUUAUUGUUAAUAUAAAAUUUCAAAACUCGUUAUAAGUAUUACAUUUUUAUGAAAAUUAAUAAGUAUUUUUACAAUUUAAUGAAUAAAUUAAGAAAUGUGAAAUGUUUUCACAGUUAUAUACCCCUUUAACUUCAAUAACUUCUCAGCUCUGCACA